AUGCCUGAGAAGACGAUCUACGUACCACAGACCAUAUGCGAGCAACUGAAGGAGCGCGCCAUAGCAGUGUUCGGACCAGGCAAUUUUCCAGGCGACAUCAUUGCAGCCAGUUAUGCUGCCAACCUUACAAUACCGCAUUUCUAUUUGGAGCCGAGAAAACAGAUUUUUGAUUAUGUCAUCGAAAGAUCAGUGGAUUUGUUCCCGGGACCAAAAGUCAUUUCGGAUAUCUUAGUACCCAUUGUGAUUCAUUACAAAUGGCGGUCGCUUGUGCUCCUCUACCAGAAAGCAUCAGAUCUCACCAAUCUUCAGCAUUUUAUUGCAAUGAGCUAUUUCCCGCAGCCUUAUCAGAUGGUGCUUGGUGCACCGUGCUCUGGCCACAUGCAUAAAAGUGUCACAAAUUGA